GAAGCAAUUUAAUCAGAAGCAAAAGUUUUGGAAGACGAAAAAGAAGGGGGAGUCUCUCCAAAUUUAUGAUAGAGCUAAGGAUCAAUUAGGUACUUCUUCAAUUGCGAGAACUUAUGGAUACAUAAACAUGUAUGAAGACCUUAAUGAUGAUGACACAAUGUGUGUGGAAAAAAAAUUGGCAACUCUUGAAGAGAAAGCAUCAAAGGAGUUUGAUUUCAUUACUUGGGCAGCAGUAGAAAGUUUUAUGCAGGAGCAUAAUUUAAAAAAUUCGCUGGAAGUAUGGUUACAGAAUGUCCGAGAAAUAUUAGAUACACCACAUGAAGAUGUUGAAGGCAACUCACGAGUCUUUUUUGUAGAUAGAAUGGAUUAUAAGCUGCGUAUGAUUGAUUGUUUUCUCACAAUUUGGCAAGCUGGUGAAAAUGACGAAUUUAUUAUGACCAGCAACGCAUUUGGAAUCUUCGAAGGUAUAAAUAUUACUGGGUCUUCAAUGGGUCCAUUUCAAAAAGCCUUUCAUUGGUUUUAUGUCAUUUCCCCAAAGUUAUUAUUGGUCCUUUGUGAUUCUGGGUUUCGAGAAGGUGUUGGAUUUGAAGCUUUAGACAGAAUUCUUGGAUUUAAAAAGCGUUCGCAUUUUAAAGAUGUUCCUCAUCCACCACCAAUUCCGGAAUAUGUAAAUAUCUCUAAGCAAAAGUCAGCAUAUGACAGUGAACCUGUCAAUAUAUUUGAAAAAGAUUGGUGGGAAAAAAAAACAGGUUUCAAACUACAUGAAGAUGAUAAAUUUACCUUUACAUUCGUUAAAGUUAAUUCUGCCACUGUUCAUCUCGUAAAUUCUAUCGUGCUUAAUGAAGCUAAUCCAGACCUACAAGUUGGAUUUAGAUAA